AGCUUUCUUAAAGAACUAAUAGACUUUAGUUUUUAAAGCAGUUUCAUAGGUUUACAGGAAAACUAGACAGAAAAUAGAGUUGCCAUAUUCCACAUAUUCAGCUCUCACAGCCUGUGGGUUUGCUGUUGAUAACAACUUGCAUCCGUGUGGUACAUGUGACUAAUGUUAAUACAUUAUACACUGUUAUUAAUGAAAGCACAUGGCUGACGCUGGGAUUCACACUUUGUGGUUCCCAGGUCUGUCAGCUCUGAGGACCUCCCGGUCCACCAUCACAGGGUCACAUGCAAUAGUCUCACUGUUCUAAAACACCUGUCUUGUGCCUGUUUGUAUCUGCUGUGUCUCUCUUUCAGUCUGGUGACUACAGAUGUUUCCCUCUGUAGUUUUGUCUUUCCCAGAAUGCCAAGCAAUUGGAAUCACACACUUCAGACUGAAUUCUUCCACUUAGCAAUAUGCAAUUACAGUUCUCCCAUGAGGGACUAGAGAGAUGGCUCAGUGGUUAAGAGAACUUAAUACUCAUGGCAGAGGAACCUGAUUCAGUUUCCAGCACCCACAUGGUGGCUCACAGCCACGUUUACCUUCACUUUUAGGGAAUCUAAUGCAUAAAAAUAAAAACAAAAAAAACCCAACAACUGAAGUUCUUCCCUGAAAAGACAUGACUUUUGUAGUCAUGAAUAGACAAGUUUUGUUUUGUUUUUGUUUUUGUUUUUUUUUUUUAAUCAUUUACCUUUUAGAAAUUGGUUGCUUCUAAUUUGGGUAGUGUUGAAUAAAAUGCUAUGAAUAUUUGUGUUCAGGUUUUUUUUUUUUAACUUGAGCAAGAGUGAUUGCACACAGUAAGACUAUAUCUAGCAUUGUAGGAAUUUGCUAAGCCAUCUUCCAGAGCAGCCAUGCAUUCUGUCUGCAUCCCACCUAAGAAUGCUGUCCCCUGUCUUUCCCAGCAUCUGAUAUACUUUGGACAUUAACCAUUCUAACAGGUGUGUAUUGGUUAGCUUCCUUGGCAUCCCUGUAACUUCCUUGUGGAGGUGUAUGUUCAUUUUGCUCACCUGUGUGUGUGUGUGUGUGUGUGUGUGUGUGUGUGUGUGUGUGAGAGAGAGAGAGAGAGAGAGAGAGAGAGAGAGAGAGAGAAUAUACAUGGUGUACAUGUGUGGGGGUGGCCAUGCAUGUGUUAGGGUCUCUCCCAUAAGCCCACGGCUUGCUGAUUUGACUAGUGUAGUUUCCCAGUUUUUUUUCUGCGUUCCACAGAGUAGGACUACAAAUAGGCAGAACUCUGGUUCCUAUGCCUGUGUGAGCGAGCACCUUGUACCUUGUGGAGCUAUCUCCACAGCCUUUGUGCCCACUUUGUAACUGGGUGUUCUAUUUCUUGUUUUGAGGUUUCUGGUUGGUUGCUUGCUUGCUUGGGGUUUUUUUGUUUGUUUGUUUGUUUGGGGUUUUUUGUUUGUUUGUUUUGUUUUGUUUUUGAGACAGGGUUUCUCUGUGUAGCCCUGACUCUUCUAGGACUUGAUCUGUAGACCAGGCUGCCUUGAACUCACAUAGAUCUUUCUGCCUCUGCUUCCCAAGUGCUGGGAUUAAAGGCGUAGGCAGCUGCCUGGAUGUCUUGAGUUCUUUCGGUAUUCCUAUACAAGUCCUUUAUCAAAUAUAUGCUUUGUACAUAUUUUCUCCCAGUCUCUGCCUCCCUGACCCCUGUCCCCAUUCCUGGGAAUGAAGCUAGCUUCUUUAUUUUUUUUAUUUUUAUUUUUCCAUUGCUGUGAAUGGAUCCCAGGUCUUUGCCUGUGGUAGGCAAAUUAUUGUUUAAGAUACAUCUCAUACCCGUGGUUCAUCAUUUCAUAGGACAAAUACUUAAAGUGAUCAUGUCUUUGGAGUUACAACUAGAAGUUGGUUAACAAACUCAAGGUCACUUAUAUUCUGUGUGUAUGGGUGUUUGAUCUACAUGGUUCUGUGUACCACAUACAUGCCUGGUACCUGAGGAGGCCAGAAGAGGACAUUGGACCUCCUGGAAUUGGAGUUAUAGAGGGUAAUGUAGGUGCCAGGGACUGAACCUGGAUCCUCUGGAAAUCAGUCCAGCCAUUUCAUCAGCCCCAAGCUAGAUGAUUCUACUAUUUUUUUUCUAGAAUUCUUAAAGUUUUACAUUGUGUCUUCUAGUAUAUAAUUCAUUUUUUAAUGAAAAUUUAUAAUAUCAGUAUCAGGAUUUUUAUAUGUAAAUGUCUAGUUUUUAUAUUACUGUUUAUUAAAUGUCCAAUCUCUACUAUAUUUUAUUAUAUAUUUGCUUGUUUUUGAAACAGGGUUUCACUAUGUAACUCUGGCUGUCCUGGAACUCAAUAUGUAGACCAGGCUGUCCUGUAAUUCACCGAGGUCUGCCUCCUUCUGCCUCCCAAGUGCUGGCAUUAAAAGUGUGUACAAUUAUGCUCCAGCCUCUCUCUACGGUUUUAACUUCUGGAAGGAAAGAAAAAGGAAGGGAAGAAGGAAGGAUCUGUGAGUUCAAGGUCACCUACUCUACAUAGUGAGCUCCAAAGAAUAAAAAAUAAAAAAAGAAUAAAGAAGCUGAAGAGAUGGAUCAGAGCUUAAAAGCUUACAGUAUCAGGUUCAAUUCCCAGCAUCCAACAUGGUGGCUCAACCAUGGGUAACUCCAGUUCCACAGGAUCCAGUGCCUUCUGGUCCCUGUAGACAGGCACACAUGCAGGCAAAAAUACCCAUGCAUAUAAAAUAAGUACUAAAGGUUUAUUUAGAAUAAUAGUAACAAAGAAAAUGAACAUCUACCGUUACUUUGGGUCAUGAGCACAGCAUAUGUUCUGUUGGGCCAAGCAGAGCUCUAGCACCCACGAGGAAUGCAGGGAGGGUGCCUUGGCAACCACAAAGGGGGGUGGGGAGGCGCUGGGGAGGGGUAGAAGAGAUGCUCCUCCCCAUCGCCACUCUGUGACAAUACUCUUAUAACAAUGUCAUAAAGGUAGGAGCAAAGUUCUCCAAGGGACAAUGAAAUCUUCCACUCAGUAAGUGGGAAAUACCAUCUGAAACACAAGAAAGAAACCAUUCCAUAGGAAGAAUUUUGGAGCUGAGGUUCAGUGAGUUAUUUUAGCACAGUCUGCAAGUCUGGGAGGCAGCUGGUCAAGGAGACAGACAGAGAGAAGGCAGGCUGGAAAGCAUCGCCCACUCUAAGGACUGCGAACCUCGAUGGGAAGAAAAACAGAAAAAAACGAUGGCUGCCAAACUGGAAAUAGCAAAAUUCCUUCAAGAAACAAUGACAGAGAUGGCGAGGAGAAACCGAGCGAAGCUGGGAGAUGCAUCUUCCCAGCUUUCCUCCUAUGUGAAACAGGUCCAAACAGGUCACAAGCCCUCCACGAAGGAGAUAGUUAGGUUCUCCAAACUCUUCAAGGAUCAGUUAGCCCUGGAACACUUAGACCGGCCCCAGCUGGUUGCCCUGUGCAAGCUGCUGGAACUGCAGACCUUCGGAACAAACAAUCUGCUCCGCUUCCAGCUCCUGAUGACACUGAAGUCUAUAAAAGCAGAUGAUGAAAUAAUUGCCAAAGAAGGGGUGAAGGCUUUGAGUGUGUCAGAACUGCAGUCUGCGUGCCGGGCCCGGGGGAUGAGGUCGCUGGGCCUCACUGAGGAGCAACUGUGCCAGCAGCUCACAGGGUGGCUGGACCUCCACUUGAAGGAGAACGUCCCUCCUUCUCUUUUGCUCCUGUCGCGCACCUUCUACCUGAUAGAUGUGAAGCCAAAGCCUAUUGAACUUCCACCGAAUAUAGAGACUCCAAAGCCAAACCUUGGAAUACCGACACCUCCACCCCCCGAGUCAAAGGAGAACCUCACAGACUCUGCACCUCAGCUGAAGGGAACGAAGGAUGAAGAAUUUAUACAACUGCCCCCAGUACCGUCAUCACUCAUAGCACCAGCAGCAACUAUUUCCAAAGAAGCAGUAAGUAGUCUAGAGGAACCUCUCCCCAGGUAUCUGGAAGGGCACUGGGGCCACAGCAUCAUGCAUACCACAGAACACUACAAGAGUCUUGCUGCUAUCCAGACAGGAAUGCAGGCUGGACUCGAGCGAUCUUAUGGCCGCUACCUCUUCCCCUCAACUGUCCCGAAGUAGAGGGGGAAAGUCCGCACCCUGCUGGAGCAACCCAAGCAUGGAAGUCUAGAGCUAAUUACACUAUAGGCAGAUCCUUAGUUUUAUGUGUUAAAUGCAAAUAGUUCCCACAUGUUAUCUAGUUUACAUGGGCUUCUGAUGUCAGGAAAUACAAGCAGGAAAGCAAUUAAAGUUUCAGAAAAAGACACGUAAAUAGGACAUUUCUGUGCCCACUUCUCCCAUUUGGGCCAAGUAAUUUGGGGGAGGUGAGAAAGCACAAGCAAACAGUAGGAAGGUCACUGGGGGGGGGGGGUGGGUGGCUGGGGACAGAUGAACUGUGUGUGACAGGUCCACCGUAGGCUCAUCUGUGAUCCUGUGGCUGGGCUGGCACUCAGAAAGGGAUUCCAUGCUUGUUUGUAUCUCCAUCUUUAUUACCAAAGCAGUCGUACAGGUCUGAGUCUGUGGCCCCUGUCUCGUUGCUUUCCUUUGGGGAAGGUGGAGCACGUUCACUCUGAAUGUAGUUCAAGCUUUCCUGGAACUCAGGCCAGUUCUACUUCCUCACCAGCCUCGACAGGGAUUACAGGCUCAACACACAUGCACGCACACACACACAUGCACACACACACACGUGCACACACACACGUGCACACACACACACACACACUGAGCCUGGCUUGUGGCCAUUAGUUUGAUUAAGAAGCUCAAAGUAGAUGCUUGCAGAAUUUAAACUGUUUGUGACCAAAGCCUAAAGUGUUGUUUUAUAUCCAGAUCCUCCAGGCCAAGUCCCAGGAGACCUCACAGAACAGCAAGGCUGAUUCCAAAGGAGCCUAAGGAUCCCUUGAAGGUGGCGCUCCCUCUCUUCAGUCACUCCGCUCAGCAGUGGCGUCCACAAAGGAAUUCCAGCUAAGACUGUCUGGCUUGAGAUAAAGGAUCAGCCAUUAAGUCGUUGGAGGCCUUGUGACCAUCCCAGAGAUGCAAGCAGUGACACCAAGUUCAGGCCAUUUAGAGAAGCUUAAUUACAGUCCAUCUCUACUGUAUAAUUUUGUCAUCUUACUAAACGUUGCAUAAAGACACUCCCACCAAGUUGUGUUCGAA